CGUCAUAAUCGGCCACUCGCGCUUGGGGCGACUGACAUUGUCUUCCCAGCUUGACUCAAAGCUUCUCAAUUGCGGUUCCGGUAUGAUCUAAUCCGGAUAGUCAAUAUCGGCGCAUCAUGGCGCUGGAGACGUCAGGCGGCUAUGUUGCUCCCAGCAACCUCACGGAAGCUGGGGAUUCUGCGCUUUCCAUGUUCGAUGUCCGGCAUGUUCAGCUUCAAUUUCCUCUUGCAGCGGACUUUGUAGCCGCACAGGUAGCCAACAAUGUGCUCAUUCUAGCUUUGUCCACCGGGCGAAUCCUCCGUAUUGACCUGGAUACCCCGGAGGAUAUUGAUGAUAUUGACCUUCCCAAGAAGUCAUCGGAAAUCGGUGUGAUACGGCGAAUGUUCCUUGAUCCCUCCGCAUCUCAUCUCAUCAUCACAACCACCCUCGGCGAGAACUAUUACCUGCACACUCAAUCACGACAACCUAGACCUUUAUCGCGACUGAAAGGUGUUUCAAUCGAGAGUAUUGCGUGGAAUCCAUCGCAUCCAACAGCUUCGACGAGGGAAAUUCUGCUGGGAACUACGGAUGGGCAGGUCUGGGAGGCUUACAUUGAGCCGUCGAGCGAAUUCUAUCGGCGCGAAGAGAGGUAUGCGCACGCCGUCUACAGGUCCCUGGAGGGUUCGCCGGUGACGGGUCUGUGGGCGGAGGUGAUCCCAGCGAAGCCGGAGCUGAGACGGGUGCUUAUCGCAACUCACGGCAAGCUACUAAGCUUCUUGGGGCGCACCGGGAGAUACGGACGAGAAGGUGGUAGCCCAAUAUACGCCGAUCUCUUCCAACGCGAAGCGCCCGUAACCCAUGAAAUUCAAAAGCCCUCCGGCGCUGCCCCGUCGAUGCUGGCAAUCUCGCCAAUCCUCACGGACGCGCAGACUACGGGGGGUGUGACCGAUAAGGAAUUUUCGUGGCUCAGUUCUCAGGGUGUGUUCCAUGGACCACUUCCAUAUGCGCCUGAGAAGCUCAACAAGCCAUUUGAAAGCGCCAGCAUGCUUCCGCGAUCUGUUUUCCCAGCGAGUGAAUCCGCGCGAGGCGGUAAGAAGCUCAUUCAGGAUCCCAUCUCCGCCGUGACGAUGUCACCGUGGCACAUCUUUGCCCUCGUGGAAGGCAGAAUUGUCGCUGUGAACCGCAUGAGUGAGGAGAUCGUUUUUGAUGAGGCCGUGUUGGAGCCGGGGCAGAGUGCGCUGGGUCUUCUGACGGACGUGACACAGCAUACUUAUUGGCUGUUCACUAGCCGCGAGAUUUACGAAAUUGCCGUUGAAGACGAGGAUAGGGAUGUUUGGAAGGUUUACCUACAGAAACAAAUGUUUGAUCAAGCUCUGCAGUACGCUCGCACAGGGGCUCAGAAAGACGUCGUCGCCACGGCUUCCGGUGAUUUCUUGGCAGACAAAGGCCGUUUUCUUGAGGCGGCCGCCGUCUGGGGUAGGAGCAGCAAAGGAUUCGAAGAGGUCUGCCUGACACUGAUCAACCGCGGAGAGCAUGACGCGCUGCGCAAGUAUUUAUUGUCUCAGCUCUCGACGUACAAGAAGUCUUCGUCCAUGCAGCGCAUCAUGGUUGCAAGCUGGCUGGUCGAGGUCUUCAUGAACAAGUUGAAUUCUCUCGACGACAACAUUGCUACUCGAGCGGAACUAGCUGAGGGAACCAGCACUGAGGAAGUCAAAGAUGAGCUUGGCAUUGUCCGAGCUGAGUUCCAGGAUUUUGUCACUCGGUACCGGUCCGAUCUGGACAAGGAAACGGCAUACAAUAUUAUCAGCAGCCACGGUCGUGAAGAGGAGCUACUCUUCUUCGCUACAGCCGUCAAUGACUAUAACUACGUUCUUUCGUACUGGAUCUUACGGGAGAAAUGGACGGAAGCCCUCAAUGUAUUGCAACGGCAAAGCGACCCCGAUGUGUUCUACAAAUAUAGCAGCGUUCUCAUGACACACGCUGCUGCUGGACUGGUCGACAUUUUGAUGCGACAGACAAACUUGGAGCCCGAGCGGCUGAUACCGGCUUUACUCAAUUACAACAAGACUGUGAAUGUUCCAUUGGGGCAGAACCAGGCCGUGCGAUACCUCAACUUCAUCAUCGUCAAUCAUCCUAACCCGUCUGCCGCCGUCCACAACACCCUGAUAUCCAUUCAUGCCUCCAGUGCCUCAACGUCUGAGGCAGGGCUUCUCACCUAUCUGCAAUCACAGCAGUCGUCGCCCCCGCCGUAUGAUGCCGACUUUGCUUUGCGUCUCUGCAUCCAGCACCAGCGCGUUCAAUCGUGUGUACACAUCUACAGCGCCAUGGGACAAUAUCUGCAAGCUGUGGAGCUGGCUCUACAGCAUGAUGACAUCGAGCUGGCAGCGAUCGUGGCCGACCGACCGGAUAGUAACGAAAAGCUCCGAAAGAAGCUCUGGCUGCUUGUUGCGGAGAAGACGAUCCAACAGCCGGGCAAGGGGAUUAAGGACGCGAUUGAAUUCCUCCGCCGGUGCGAGUUGCUCCGCAUCGAAGACCUCAUUCCGUUCUUCCCGGACUUUGUCGUCAUUGACGAUUUCAAAGACGAGAUCUGCAGUGCGCUCGAAGAGUAUUCCCGACACAUCGACGCCUUGCGGCAGGAGAUGGACAACUCAGCACACACGGCCCGGCAGAUCCGCACGGAGAUUGCGGCGCUCGACACGCGCUAUGCCAUUGUGGAACCUGGAGAGAAAUGCUGGCUCUGCUCGUUGCCCGUGCUCAGCCGACAAUUCUUUGUCUUUCCGUGUCAGCAUGCUUUCCACAGCGACUGCUUGGGUAAGGAGGUGCUUGAGGGCGCGGGAGGCAAGAAGAAGUAUAUUCGGGACCUGCAAGCACAGCUCAACAAGGGAACUCUUAGUGCGGCGCGACGGGAGGAAGUGGUGCGUGAGCUCGAUGGGCUGAUUGCGGACGCCUGCAUCCUCUGCGGCGACCAUGCAAUUAAGCAAAUCGACCGGCCAUUCAUUGAAGGCUCCGAAGGGGUAGAUGAUUGGGCAUUGUAGUGGAAGACUUUUUUUUGGUAAAGACGUUAUGAGUUCGGUUUUGAGGGCAUGCGUGACAGGAAUAAUGGGGAGUGCAUUAUCAGCGUCGAGCAAUUCAUUGAAUGUUCUUGUAUAAUCCAGUGGCAAGCAUGGUUGAGAACAUAU